AUGCCGCGUGUAGUUAAACAAGAAGGUGAUGACCCAGAUCCAACCCCAUACUUGUUCGUAUCGCUCGAACAGAAGAGAAUCGAUCAGACCAAACCUUACGAUGCGAAAAAGGCUUGCUGGGUGCCAGAUGAGGAUGAAGGUUUCCUCCAGGGAGAAAUCCGAGGAACCAAGGGUGAUUUGGUCACCGUCGCUCUGCCUAAUGGAGAGGUAAAAGAUUUCAAAAAGGACCAAGUGGGCCAAGUGAACCCACCGAAAUAUGAAAAAGCCGAGGAUAUGUCAAAUUUGACAUAUUUGAACGAUGCGUCUGUAUUGUAUAAUUUGAAAGAAAGAUAUUACCAUAAGCUCAUUUACACCUACUCCGGAUUGUUCUGCGUUGCUAUCAAUCCUUACAAACGAUUCCCCGUGUACACCAACCGUUGCGCUAAGUUGUACAGAGGCAAGAGGAGGAAUGAAGUUCCACCCCACAUUUUCGCCAUUUCUGACGGCGCCUACGUUAACAUGCUUACAAACAAAGAAAAUCAAUCUAUGUUGAUCACAGGAGAAUCUGGAGCUGGAAAAACUGAAAACACGAAGAAGGUAAUUGCGUACUUCGCCACUGUUGGUGCUAGCACAAAGAAAGAAGAAGAAGCCGCUGGUGGUGUUAAGAAGAAGGGUUCCUUGGAAGAUCAAGUCGUACAAACCAAUCCGGUAUUGGAAGCCUUUGGUAACGCUAAGACCGUCCGUAAUGACAACUCUUCUCGUUUCGGUAAAUUCAUCCGUAUUCAUUUCGGUCCCUCUGGAAAAUUGGCCGGAGCUGAUAUCGAAACUUAUCUAUUGGAAAAAGCUCGUGUCAUCUCUCAGCAAUCUCUUGAAAGAUCUUACCAUAUUUUCUACCAAAUCAUGUCUGGAUCAGUGAAAGGCGUAAAAGAAAUGUGCAUGCUGAGUCAAGAUAUCCACGACUAUCACUACGUGUCACAGGGAAAAACUACUAUCCCCGGUAUGGAUGACGGAGAAGAAUUCCAAUUGACCGACCAAGCUUUCGAUGUGCUUGGAUUCACUGAAGAAGAAAAGAAUGACAUUUAUAAGAUUACCGCCUCAGUCAUGCACAUGGGAGGCAUGAAAUUCAAACAACGUGGUCGGGAGGAACAAGCUGAAGCCGACGGCACUGAGGAAGGUGCACGUGUUGCAAAAUUGUUGGGUGUCGACUGCGAUGAUUUGUACAAAAAUUUAUUGAAACCCAGAAUCAAAGUAGGAAACGAAUUCGUCACACAAGGUCGUAACAAGGAUCAAGUCGCCUACUCAGUAGGUGCUAUGUCCAAGGGUAUGUUUGACAGACUUUUCAAAUUCAUGGUGAAAAAAUGUAACGAAACUUUGGACACACAACAAAAACGUCAACAUUUCAUCGGUGUGUUGGAUAUUGCUGGUUUUGAAAUUUUCGACUACAAUGGUUUCGAGCAACUUUGCAUCAACUUCACCAAUGAAAAGCUACAACAGUUUUUCAACCAUCACAUGUUUGUACUUGAACAAGAAGAGUACCAACGUGAGGGUAUUGAAUGGGCUUUUAUCGAUUUCGGAAUGGACUUAGCCGCCUGUAUUGAACUUAUUGAAAAGCCCAUGGGUAUCUUGUCAAUCCUUGAAGAGGAAUCUAUGUUCCCCAAAGCCACGGAUAAGACCUUUGAAGACAAAUUGACAUCCAACCAUUUGGGUAAAUCACCCAACUUCAGAAAACCAGCUGUUCCAAAACCAGGUUGCCAAGCUGGACAUUUCGCACUUGCCCAUUACGCCGGUGUGGUAUCAUACAACAUCACCGGUUGGUUAGAAAAGAACAAGGAUCCAUUGAACGACACCGUUGUUGACCAAUUCAAAAAGGGAACAAACAAAUUGUUGGUAGAGAUCUUCGCUGAUCAUCCAGGUCAAUCUGGUGGUCAAGCUGAUGCUGGUGGCAAAGGAGGUCGUGGAAAGAAGGGUGGUGGUUUCGCCACUGUGUCGUCAUCCUAUAAGGAACAAUUGAACAACUUGAUGACAACAUUGAAGAGCACACAACCUCAUUUCGUACGUUGUAUUAUUCCCAAUGAAUUGAAACAGCCUGGUGUGAUUGACUCUCACUUGGUAAUGCACCAGCUGACAUGUAACGGUGUACUUGAAGGUAUCCGUAUUUGCCGUAAAGGUUUCCCCAACAGAAUGGUAUACCCAGACUUCAAAUUGCGAUACAAGAUCUUAGCUCCUGCUGCGGCGGAAAAGGAGACUGACCCAAAGAAAUGCGCUGGCGUCAUUUUGGAAAACGUCGGGUUGGACCCAGAUAAAUUCAGGCUUGGGCACACUAAGGUAUUCUUCCGUGCUGGAGUAUUAGGUCAGAUGGAAGAAUUACGUGAUGAACGUCUAAGCAAAAUCAUUGGAUGGUUGCAGUCAUACAUUCGUGGUUAUAUUGCCAGAAAAGAUUUCAAGAAAUUACAAGACCAGAGAUUGGCUCUAUUGGUUAUCCAGAGAAGCUUAAGGAAAUACAUGAAAUUGAGGUCGUGGCCAUGGUGGAAGAUGUGGUCUCGCGUCAAACCAUUACUCAAUGUGGCUAACAUUGAAGAUGAAUUGAGAAGAUUGGAAGAAGAAGUAGAAAAAGUCACAACUGCAUUAGAACGUGAAGAAAAACUUCGCAAAGAACUCGAAGCACUCAACACCAAACUAUUGGCGGAGAAGACACAGCUACUUCAAUCUUUGGAAGGCGAAAAGGGAAGUGCUUCCAGCAUCCAAGAGAGAGCAGCUAAAUUGGCGGCACAAAAGAGCGACUUGGAAUCUCAACUUUCGGAAACUCAAGAGAGGUUAACCCAAGAAGAAGAUGCGCGUAACCAACUGUUCCAACAGAAAAAGAAAUUGGAACAAGAAAAUGCAGGACUCAAAAAAGAUGUCGAAGAUUUGGAACUUUCUAUUCAAAAGUCCGAUCAAGAUAAGGCAUCCAAAGAUCACCAAAUUCGCAACUUGAAUGAUGAAAUUGCUCACCAAGACGAACUCAUCAACAAGUUGAACAAAGAAAAGAAAUUGUCUGGUGAAACCGCCCAGAAAACUGCCGAAGAAUUACAGGCGGCUGAAGACAAAAUCAACCAUCUUAACAAAGUUAAGAACAAGUUGGAACAAACUUUGGACGAGUUGGAAGAUUCGUUAGAACGUGAAAAGAAAUUACGAGGUGAUAUUGAAAAGGGUAAGAGGAAGACCGAAGGAGACUUGAAACUUACCCAAGAAGCUGUUUCUGAUUUGGAACGCAACAAAAAAGAACUUGAACAAACAAUUCAAAGGAAAGACAAGGAAUUGGCUUCUCUUACUGCUAAACUUGAAGAUGAACAAGCUUUAGUUGGCAAACAACAAAAACAAAUCAAAGAACUUCAAUCGAGAAUCGAAGAACUCGAAGAAGAGGUUGAAGCCGAAAGACAAGCCCGCGCUAAGGCUGAGAAGCAACGCGCUGAUCUUGCCCGUGAAUUGGAAGAGUUGGGCGAACGCCUUGAAGAAGCUGGUGGUGCUACUUCCGCUCAAAUUGAGUUGAACAAGAAACGUGAAGCUGAGAUGAGCAAACUCCGUCGUGAUUUGGAGGAAGCUAACAUUCAACACGAAGCUACCUUAGCCAACUUACGCAAGAAGCACAAUGAUGCUGUUGCAGAGAUGGGUGACCAAAUCGACCAGUUGAACAAACUCAAGACCAAAGCUGAGAAGGAUAAAUGCCAGUUCUUGUGUGAAUUGAAUGACACACGUGCAAGCUUAGACCACAUUUCUAACGAAAAGGCCCAGACUGAAAAGAUCUACAAACAAGUACAACACCAGUUGAACGAAGUUCAAGGUAAACUUGAUGAAACCAACCGCACAUUGAAUGACUUUGAUGCUGCCAAGAAGAAGUUGAGCAUUGAAAACUCAGACUUACUUCGUCAAUUGGAAGAAGCCGAAUCACAGGUUUCUCAGUUGGCUAAGAUCAAGAUUUCCCUCACCACCCAACUCGAAGAUACUAAGAGACUGGCUGAUGAAGAAGGAAGGGAACGCGCUACACUUUUGGGUAAAUUCAGAAACUUGGAACACGAUAUUGACAACAUUCGUGAACAAUUAGAAGAAGAAGCUGAAGCUAAGGCUGACAUUCAAAGACAAUUGAGCAAGGCUAAUGCUGAAGUUCAAUUAUGGCGUACCAAAUAUGAAUCUGAAGGUAUUGCCAGAGUUGAAGAACUUGAAGAAGCUAAACGCAAAUUGCAAGCUCGUCUCGCUGAAGCUGAAGAGACCAUCGAGUCACUCAACCAAAAGGUUAUUGCUUUAGAGAAAACGAAACAACGUUUGGCCACUGAAGUCGAAGACUUACAAUUGGAAGUCGACAGAGCGACAGCAAUUGCUAAUGCUGCUGAAAAGAAGGCCAAGGCCAUUGACAAGAUCAUUGGAGAAUGGAAACUCAAGGUUGAUGACUUAGCAGCUGAAUUAGAUGCAAGCCAGAAAGAAUGCAGAAACUAUUCCACUGAACUCUUCCGUCUUAAGGGAGCCUAUGAAGAAGCUCAAGAACAAUUGGAAGGAGUCAGACGUGAAAACAAGAAUCUAGCCGAUGAAGUCAAGGAUCUUCUUGAUCAAAUUGGUGAAGGUGGCAGAAACAUCCAUGAAAUUGAAAAACAACGCAAACGAUUGGAAGUUGAGAAGGAUGAACUCCAGGCUGCAUUAGAAGAAGCUGAAGCAGCAUUAGAACAGGAAGAGAACAAAGUAUUGAGAGCACAAUUGGAACUGUCUCAAGUUAGACAAGAAAUUGACAGACGUAUCCAAGAAAAAGAAGAGGAAUUCGAAAAUACCAGGAAAAACCACCAACGUGCUUUAGACUCUAUGCAAGCUAGCUUGGAAGCUGAAGCUAAAGGAAAGGCUGAAGCUCUUAGAAUGAAGAAGAAGUUGGAAGCUGACAUCAAUGAACUUGAAAUCGCUUUAGACCACGCUAACAAAGCUAAUGCUGAAGCCCAAAAGAACAUUAAGCGUUAUCAACAACAAUUGAAGGAUGUACAAACUGCUCUAGAAGAAGAAUCUAGAGCUAGAGAAGAUGCCAGAGAACAGUUGGGAAUCUCCGAAAGACGAGCGAACGCAUUACAAAACGAAGUGGAAGAAUCCAGAACCUUAUUGGAACAAUCUGACCGUGGCAGGAGACAAGUUGAACAAGAAUUGGCUGAUGCUCAUGAACAGCUCAAUGAACUUUCCGCACAGGCUACCUCCAUUUCUGCUGCCAAGAGGAAACUGGAAGGAGAACUACAAACCUUACAUUCUGACUUAGACGAGUUAUUGAAUGAAGCCAAGAACUCCGAAGAAAAGGCCAAGAAGGCAAUGGUAGACGCUGCCAGACUUGCCGAUGAACUCAGAGCCGAACAAGACCACGCACAAACCCAAGAAAAACUUAGGAAAGCUCUUGAAACACAAAUCAAGGAAUUACAAGUAAGAUUAGAUGAAGCUGAAAAUAAUGCAUUGAAGGGUGGUAAGAAAGCAAUUCAGAAACUCGAACAAAGGGUACGAGAAUUGGAGAAUGAGUUGGAUGGUGAACAACGCAGACACGCCGAUGCGCAAAAGAACCUAAGAAAAUCUGAGCGUAGAAUUAAGGAGUUGAGCUUCCAAGGAGACGAAGACAGAAAGAACCAUGAGCGCAUGCAAGACUUGGUUGACAAACUGCAACAAAAGAUCAAGACAUACAAGAGACAGAUCGAAGAGGCCGAAGAAAUUGCCGCACUCAACUUGGCUAAGUUCCGUAAGGCCCAACAAGAGCUGGAAGAGGCUGAAGAAAGAGCCGAUCUAGCUGAACAAGCAAUUGCAAAGUUCAGAACAAAGGGCAGAUCAGGAUCUACAGCACGAGGCGGAAGCCCAAUUGGACACAGGCCGCCCGUUAAACCACAAUUCGACGGAUUCGCCUUCCCACCCAGAUUCGACCUCCACCCAGAAGGCGACUUCUAA